AUGGCUCAAAUGAUGCAAGGAAUGCAGGGGCAACAACCUCCUACUCAAGCUCCCGUUCCUCAAGCUGCAGCUGGACCUGAUUUUCGUGCCUUCUUCAGGAUGGAUCCUCCAGAGUUUGUUGGCGGACUUGAUUCCCUCUUGGCUCAUGAUUGGCUAGCUGGUAUGGAGAGGGUGUUUCAAGCUAUUCAGUGUACUGAAGAAGAGAAGCACUUCAAAGUGGCAUUCUUGGAGAAGUACUUCCCUAAUAGCGUGAGGACCCAAAAGGAGAGAGAAUUUCAGAACUUCAAACAAAGUGACAUGACUGUUUCAGAAUAUGCAGAGAAGUUCGAGGAUUUGGCUGAUUACUCCCGGCAGGCUGUUUAUGCUCCAGAUGAACUAUGGAAGAUCGAUCAGUUUAUGAUGGGAUUGAGGGCCGACAUUGCUCAUAGCGUUUCUCAAAGAGAGUUCACUACUUAUGCCGAAUGUCUAAGGCAGUGUUAUGUUGCUGAAAACAGUUUGAAAAGGGUUCAAGAAGAGAGGAACCAGAACAGGGCUAAUUUCAGAGAGCAAGGGAGAUCUACUCAACACUUGAGGCCCCGUAACCCUCCACCAAAGAAGAAGCAGGUUUAUGGUGACCAAUCGACUCAACCGCCUCAUUGUCGUAGGUGUGGAAGGAAGCAUACUGGAGAUUGCCAGCUUGGUUCUGUGACUUGUUUUAGAUGUGGCGAGCAGGGCCACAUAGCUCCACGCUGUCCACAAAGGAGGAUUCCUGAGAAGACUGCAGGUCGUGUUUACACUUUGGAUUCAAGGAAGGCCAAGGGAAACAACAAUCUCAUUGCGGGUUAUUCUGUUACCUGA